AUGAGCCCUGUAGCCUGUCUGUCGGUCCACUCGGCCCCCCCGAGAGAGGCGGGUGUGCCCAGGAGCCAGGCAGCCGAGAGCCACUCCUCUUCCUCCCGCUGGGCCGGCCGUAGGCAGCUUCCCGUCAUUCCCUCUGGCAGCAAGUUCCCCCCUGUCAUUCGCAUCUCAAAAGCACAACUGCAGCAGGUAACAAUACCCAGACCUUCAGUGGCAUCCACACAGUCUGCUUCAGAGAGCUUUCAUUAUGGCCACCAGCUAGAGAAAAGAGAGCAGGAUGCUCAAUCUGUGGAACACAGCGUGGAACUUUCCUCUCCAAAGGAAAGUUUGCCAGGUUUGGUUGUGACAGAAGACUCACUUCCAGCUAGUGCCAGCAGACCAGAUUUGGUACUUAAUAUCAGCCAAGAGGUGCUUGACAAGGAAGGACUUGUCAAAGAAUGUGCCAACAUCCUGGACUGUGGCCAAAAGGACCCACCUGAACAACAUGGUGGGAUACAGGAAGAGAAGGAACUUGAAAAUAUUCCUGUAGAGGAGGCUGAGGAAGAAAGAGUUCCCGUGGUUUCUGAGGACCCUAUUGAAAUGUUAAGCAAAGAAAAGAAUUGGUUGCCAGAAAACUCAAAAUCUGCAGAGGAAGAACCUCUAAUGAAUACCGAAGCUGCUGAAGAAUCAAAGCCAAGGCCCAUCUCUUUGGUGCCAAAUCAAGAUGAGGUUCUGAAAUCCAUAGCACCUAAACCGUCACAAUUUUCUCCCUCAAAACUCAACAGCCCCCAUGUGAAUAGACAGGGAAGUAAAAUAGCACCAGUUCAGGAAAAUGGUUUUCAUUCUAAUAAGGAAGAAGUCCAUAUCCAAGACUUGAAAUGCCACCAAGUGGCCCUUACUACUUUUUUGCACCAGGAGGACAAAAAAGAGAAAAGUGCUCCCAGAAAUGGGGAGUUAGUCCACUGCAUUUCAGAAAAUGAGAAUUCUCAUCGAUCUAGGAGGGACUUAGUUAAAUCUCCUUUUGUAUUCAGGCAGAGCCGAAUCCCAGUUUUAGCACAAGAGAUAGACUCAACGUCAGACUCUUCUUCUCCUGUUUCAGCAAAGGAAAAACUUCUUCUAAAAAAGGCCCAUCAGACAGACUUGGUCAGACUACUUAUGGAAAAGAAACAGCUCAAAUCUUUCCUUGGUGACCUCUCAAGUGCCUCUGAUAAGUCACUGGAGGAAAAAAUGGCUCCUGCUCCAGUACCGUUUUCUGAGGAUGAUGUCUUAUCCUCAUUUUCUAGAUUGACACUGGACUCUCAUUUCAGCAAGCAGACAGAAGAUAGCUCUUUAUCUCCAAGCAGCCCUCAGUCCAGAAAAAGCAAGAUUCCAAGGCCGGUGUCCUGGGCAACCAUGGAUCAAGUCACCAAUUCAAGUUCAGCUCUGUUCUUUCCUCGGCCACCACCAGGAAAACCACCUGCUAGAACUAGGGCAGAAACUAGGUUCCGCAGAUGCAGAGUCCUAGAGAGUAGCAGCUCGGACUCGGAUCUUAUCUCUCGUCUGGCUCAAAUCCUACAGAACGGAUCUCAGAGACCGAGGAGUUCUACCCAGUGUAAGAGCCCAGGAUCUCCACAUAGUCCAAAAACGCCACCCAAAAGUCCUGUCAUCCCCCGACGGAGUCCCAGUGCCUCCCCCAGGAGCUCCUCUUUACCCCGUACUGCCAGUUCUUCUCCAUCCCGGGCUGGGAGACCCCAUCAUGAUCAGAGGAGUUCAUCCCCACAUCUUGGGAGGAGUAAAUCACCUCCUAGCCAUUCAGGCUCCUCAUCUUCUAGGAGAUCCUGCCAACAAGAGCACUGCUGCAACAAACCAAGCAAGAAUGGUCCAAAAGGAUCUGGCAGUUCCUUCCACCAUUCCCCAAACACUAAGACUCCCACAGGAAAGAGCAAAUCAACCACUAAGCUUAGCAGAUAG